AUGGGUGCCUAUCGUCUCGAGCAAGCCUCAACUGGCCGCGCUGGUUGCAAAAACAAAGAAUGUAAAGACCAGGGCAUCAAAAUCCUCAAGGGCGAGUUGCGCCAUGGCUCUUGGGUUGAUACCGAACGCUUUCAGAGCUACUUCUGGCGUCACUGGGGCUGCGUCACCCCCAAGAUCAUUGCUAAUAUGGUCGAAACGGUUGGUGAAGAGGGCGAGAGAGACUGGUCGGCCUUGGAUGGCUACGACGAGCUCCCUGAGGAGCUGCAGGUGAAGGUUCGCAGGGCGAUAGAGCAGGGCCAUGUCGAUGAUGAGGACUGGAAGGGGGAUGUCGAACUCAAUCGGCCUGGAAAGACGGGAUUCCGGAAGCGUGUGACUAAGAAGGAUAAUGACGAAACCCAGGAGGAAUCCACUCCCAAGAAGGCCACGCCUCAGAGUAAGAAGCGCGCUCGCGCUGAGCCCAAGGAGGAGUCCGGCUCUGAAGCUGAGGCAGAGGACACCAAAGAGAAGCCCAAGACUAAAAAGGCCACUCCCCAGACCAAGAAGCGUGCUCGUGCUGAGCCUAAGAAGGAAGCCGAGUCUGACGCUGAAGAAGAGGCUACUAAAGAGACGCCCAAGACCAAGAAGGCUACUUCUCAGACUAAGAAGCGUGCUAAAGCUGGAGCCGAAGACGACGCUGAUGAAGCUAAAGAAACGCCCAAGACUAAGAAGCCUCGCAAGAACAGUGCUGCCUCCAAGCAAGCACCUGUCGAGGAUGAAGAGUCUGAUGCUCCUCUUGUCGAAACGAAUAAGAAGCCAGCCGCCACCAAGGGCAAACGUGGCAAAGCUGCUGCUGCUCCUGCCGCUGCGGAGCCCGCUACUACUCGUCCCACCAGGGGCAGACCCGCGACAAAGAAGAAGCAAGCCCCCGUUGCUGACGAUGAGGGUGAAGCUGAGCCUGAGCCGGCCGAGAAGCCGAAGCGGACAUACAAGAAGAGAAAGUCUACCUGA